GGAACAUUUAGCGAUGUUUUUUGCCCUCCUGGAAUUUACACAAUAAAUGGAAGAAAGCAGAGUUAUGCACACUCUAGCGGCUCCAACAAUAACUGUUGACUUUUUAUUUGUAAUCAGAGAAGCCUGGCAACGGAAAACUUUUCUUUCUGAGUUUACCAGAACUGAGCUGAAGUGGGAAACGUUAUUUGCUUUGACGAAACAAUUUACUUUUGUGCAACAUUAAGCUGUGUCAAUCAAGCAAACAAAGGAAGAAAGCAUAAAAUUGCCGGCUUCUGAUUUCACCUCAUUGCUUCUUAGGCUCCAAGAGGAAAAAAAAUGAAGACUUUGUGGCUGGGUAUUUUUCUAUUUUUCUAUAGUAACUCAGCCUGGGCAAAAGAGAAGCAUUAUUACAUUGGAAUUAUUGAAACAACUUGGGACUAUGCCUCUGACAGUGAGAAGAAACUUAUUUCAGUUGACAAGGAGCAUUCCGAUGUCUAUCUUCAAAAUGGCCCAAAUAGAAUUGGAAGGAUCUAUAAGAAGGCUCUUUAUCUUCAGUACACAGACAAAACCUUUACAACGGUUUUAGAAAAACCCAUCUGGCUAGGGUUUUUAGGCCCUAUUAUCAAAGCUGAAACUGGAGAUAAUGUUUAUGUACACUUAAAAAACUUUGCCUCUAGACCCUACACUUUUCAUCCUCACGGAAUAACUUACCGUAAGGAACAUGAGGGGGCCAUCUAUCCUGACAACACGACAGAUUUUCACAAAGCAGAUGACAAAGUGUAUCCAGGCGAGCUGUACACAUACGUAUUGGAUGCCACUGAAGACCAGAGUCCUGGUGAGGAAGAUAGCAAUUGUGUGACCAGGAUUUACCAUUCCCACAUUGAUGCUCCAAAAGAUAUUGCCUCAGGACUCAUCGGACCCUUAAUAAUCUGUAAAAAAGAUUCUCUGGAUAAUGAAAAAGAAAAAAAUAUUGACCAAGAAUUUGUGGUGAUGUUUUCUGUGGUGGAUGAAAAUCUCAGCUGGUACCUAGAUGACAACAUUAAAAACUAUUGCUCUGAACCAGAGAAAGUUGACAAAGAUGAUGAAGACUUCCAGGAGAGUAACAGGAUGUAUUCUGUGAAUGGAUAUGUUUUCGGAAGUCUCCCGGGACUCUCCAUGUGUGCAGAGGACAGAGUCAGAUGGUACCUUUUUGGUAUGGGUAAUGAAGUGGAUGUGCAUGCAGCCUUCUUCCACGGCCAGGUGUUGACUAAUAAGAACUACCGAAUUGAUACAGUCAAUCUCUUUCCUGCUACCCUCUUCGAAGCUUUCAUGGUGGCCCAGAAUCCUGGAGAAUGGAUGCUUAGCUGUCAGAAUCUUAACCACCUGAAAGCUGGUCUCCAGGCCUUUUUCCAGGUCCAAGACUGUAACAAGCCUUCAUCAGAGGACAAUAUUCGUGGGAAACAUGUUAGACAUUACUACAUCGCUGCUGAGGAAAUUGUCUGGAACUAUGCACCUUCUGGAAUAGACAUCUUCACCAAAGAAAACUUAACAGCCCCUGGAAGUGCUUCAGAGGUAUUUUUUGAACAGGGCACUACAAGAAUUGGAGGAUCUUAUAAAAAGCUGGUUUAUCGUGAGUACACAGAUGCCUCCUUCACAAAUCGAAAGAAGAGAGGCCCUGAAGAGGAACAUCUUGGCAUCCUGGGUCCUGUCAUUUGGGCAGAGGUGGACGAUACCAUCAGAGUCACUUUCCAUAACAAAGGAGCAUAUCCCCUCAGUAUUGAGCCAGUUGGGGUGAGGGUCAGCAAGAACAACGAAGGCACAUACUAUACCUCACUUCACAACUCCCUGAGUGAAAGUGUGCCUCCUCCUCCAGCUUCACAUGUAGCACCCAAACAAACAUUCACCUACGAAUGGACUGUCCCCAAAGAAGUGGGACCCACUUACAAAGAUCCCAUCUGCCUAUCUAAGAUGUAUUACUCUGCUGUGGAUCCCACCAAAGAUAUAUUCACUGGGCUUAUCGGGCCAAUGAAAAUAUGUAGGAAAGGAAGUUUACAUGCAAACGGGAGACUGAAAAAUGUAGACAAGGAGUUCUACCUGUUUCCCACAGUGUUUGAUGAGAAUGAAAGUUUACUCCUGGAUGAGAAUAUUAGACUGUUUACAACCGCACCUCAUCUAGUGAAUAAGGAAGAUGAAGAUUUUCAAGAAUCUAAUAAGAUGCACUCCGUGAAUGGAUUCAUGUAUGGGAAUCAGCCUGGUCUCAACAUGUGCCAAGGAGAUUCAGUCAUGUGGUACUUAUUCAGUGCUGGAAAUGAGGCUGAUGUACACGGGAUUUACUUCACAGGAAACACGUAUCUGUCAAAAGGAGAAAGAAGAGAUACAGCAAACCUCUUCCCUCAAAAAAGUGUUACACUCCUCAUGCAGCCUGAUACUGAAGGGACUUUUGAUGUUGAAUGCCUAACAACUGAUCACUACACAGGAGGCAUGAAGCAGAAAUACACUGUGAACAAAUGCAGGGGGCAGUCUGACGACCCAAGCUUCUACCUGUCACACAGGACCUACUACAUCGCGGCAGUGGAGGUGGAAUGGGAUUAUUCCCCAAGCAGGGAAUGGGAACGGGAGCUGCAUCACUUACAAGAACAAAAUGUUUCGAAUGCAUUUUUAGAUAAGGAGGAAUUCUACAUAGGCUCCAAAUACAAGAAAGUUGUGUAUCGGCAAUACACCGACAGCACGUUCAGAGUUCCCGUGGAGAGAAAUGCUGAAGAAGAACAUCUGGGAAUUCUAGGUCCACAACUUCAUGCAGAUGUUGGAGACAUAGUUAAAAUUAUCUUUAAAAACAUGGCUACAAGGCCCUACUCAAUACAUGCCCAUGGGGUGAAAACAGAGAGUUCUACAGUUACUCCAACUUUACCAGGUGAAAUUCGCACUUACAUAUGGAAGAUCCCAGAAAGAUCUGGAGCUGGAAUAAAGGAUUCUGCUUGUAUUCCGUGGGCUUACUAUUCAACUGUGGAUCAAGUUAAGGAUCUCUAUAGUGGAUUAAUUGGCCCACUGAUUGUUUGCCGGAGACAUUACAUGAAAGUAUUCAAUCCCAUAAGAAAACUGGAAUUUUCCCUUCUGUUUUUUGUUUUUGAUGAAAAUGAAUCCUGGUACAUAGAUGACAACAUCAAAACAUACUCUGAACACCCCGAGAAAGUAAACAAAGAUGAUGAGGAAUUCAUAGAAAGCAAUAAAAUGCAUGCUAUUAAUGGAAGAAUGUUUGGGAACCUGCAAGGCCUCACGAUGCACGUGGGAGAUGAAGUCAACUGGUACCUGAUGGGAAUGGGCAAUGAAAUAGACUUGCACUCAGUACACUUUCAUGGCCACAGCUUUGGGUAUCAGCACAGGGGCAUUUACACUUCUGAUGUCUUUGACGUUUUCCCUGGGACAUACCAAACUCUAGAAAUGUUUCCAAGGACACCUGGAAUCUGGUUACUCCACUGUCACGUGACUGACCACAUUCAUGCUGGAAUGGAGACUACUUACACGGUUCUGCCAAAUGAAGAGACCAAGUCUGGCUGAAAGAAAUAAAUUGGUGAUAAGUGGAAAAAAAAUAUUCAUAACAAUGUACGUGAAAGUGAUGAAGAAAAAGUUCACUUUGGAAUGGCUAUAAGCAUUUAAAAAAAGACUGAAAACAUAUACUUUCAUGAAUUUGUGGGGGAAACUGUUACUUUGUGUCAUAUGAAAAGAUCAACAGAUACAUGACUGACUCUAAUACAAUUAUAACUAAUUUACAUAGGUCCUUCAUAUCACCACCAGGAGUUUAUAAAACUGUAUUCUCCAACCCCACCCCCAAAAUCUAUGCCCAGAUGUUGUCCCUUAUGGUUCUUAAAGCAUUGCUAUUAAGAUUCAUUGAAUUGUUUCCAACUAUUGGUUUCCCAUUAAUCCCUAUAACAUGGUGCUGCUAUCAUUCUUAAUGAAUCAGCAGACAUGAGGGCAGAAGUGUCAAGAAAGUAAAAUAUUACUUUAAAAUAAUAAAUUAAAAAUUUUAAAAGAAAUAAUUUUAAAAUAAAUUAAAUUAAACGAGGUAAAAUAAAAAAAUUAAAAAAAAAAUUAAAAUAAUGCCAAUCCACCUGGAUUUUGUGAACCCUUGAAGAGACAGUCAAAAGGAGAAUAAUCUGGAACUGGAGAAAGGCAAAAUUGACAAACAGUUCUACAGAUUAUAUCCUGGUAAAGAUGAAUACUGACAUCAGGAGAAAAGUUUCAAAAUACAGUUGUGGCAGAUGUGUGGUGAGUAGUAUUUUUGCCCAGCCUUAAGUAAAGUCGAAGCACACUAUUGAUGAGCUGACCUUGGACUCAAAAUUGUUUAAUAAGAGGUUAAAAAAGAAGACACAACUGUGAAUACAAUGAUAUAUUUCUUUAUUUUCCCAUAUACUCUAGCUAGAAGAGCUAAAGUACACAUCAACAAAAAAUAGAAACAAGGCUUUGGCUGAAAAACAUGCAUCCAACAAAUUAUGUUAAUGGACAGACAAGAAGACAUUUAAGUUUGAAAAUUUCUACUUUAUUGGUUCAUGGAGAAACCACAGCAUGAGUUUUAAAAGUAACAAAAAAGUAAAGUUGGAAAUCUUUUAACCUCUUUCUCAAAGAAAAGUAUUCAAAAAAGAAGAAGAAGAAGAAGAAGAGAAAGAAGGCAUAAACUAAUAGAGAAAUCUGGAAAAAAUCAAGAAGAAAUAUUCUUUCAAAUAUACCUACCAAAUGUUUCUGGGGUGAAAAAGAUUGUCACUUCUCCAACAACACUGAUUUGAUAUUACUUGGAAUAAAAGUCAGUGUCUACUUUUAAAAACGUA